CUCUCACCGCAGCAGCGUCUCCCGGUUCCUCUAAAUCUCUCCCAUCCGCUAUUUUGAUGCUGGAGAUUCUCUGAUCGUCUAAAACGGAUGACAGCUCUUUAUUAAACUAACAAAUGCGACAGAAGUGAGCGAACUUGUGUAUAUUAAGGAUCAAAGCGGUCGCGGAAGGCGCAAACAUGUCGGCGAGCGCUGUUUAUGUGCUGGAUCUGAAGGGGAAGGUGCUGAUAUGCCGUAAUUACCGCGGUGAUGUGGACAUGUCCGAGAUCGAGCAUUUCAUGUCCCUGCUGAUGGAUAAAGAGGAGGAGGGGAUGCUGUCGCCCAUCCUGGCUCACGGGGGAGUUCGCUUCAUGUGGAUCAAGCACAAUAACCUGUACCUUGUUGCAACCUCCAAGAAGAAUGCUUGUGUCUCCCUGGUUUUCUCCUUCCUCUACAAAAUUGUUCAGGUUUUCUCUGAAUACUUUAAGGAGCUGGAGGAGGAGAGCAUCAGAGAUAACUUUGUCAUAAUCUACGAGCUGCUGGAUGAACUCAUGGACUUUGGAUACCCGCAAACCACUGACAGCAAGAUCCUCCAGGAAUACAUCACGCAGGAAGGUCACAAGCUGGACACGGGCGCUCCUCGGCCCCCUGCUACGGUCACCAACGCCGUCUCCUGGAGGUCAGAGGGCAUCAAGUACAGGAAGAACGAGGUUUUCCUGGACGUCAUCGAGUCUGUCAACCUCCUGGUCAGCGCGAACGGAAACGUCCUCUGCAGCGAGAUCGUGGGCUCCAUUAAGAUGAGAGUGUUCCUCUCAGGGAUGCCCGAGCUGCGUUUGGGUCUGAAUGACAAGGUUCUGUUCGAGAACACCGGCCGUGGGAAGAGUAAGUCCGUGGAGCUGGAGGAUGUGAAGUUUCAUCAGUGUGUGCGUCUGUCUCGAUUCGAGAAUGAUCGCACGAUCUCCUUCAUCCCUCCGGACGGAGAGUUUGAGCUGAUGUCCUACCGCCUCAACACUCACGUGAAGCCUCUGAUCUGGAUCGAGUCUGUGAUUGAGAAGCAUUCACACAGCAGAAUCGAGUACAUGAUCAAGGCCAAGUCUCAGUUUAAGCGACGCUCCACUGCCAACAACGUGGAGAUCCACAUCCCAGUCCCGACGGACGCCGACACGCCCAAGUUUAAGACCACGGUGGGCAGCGUCAAGUGGGUGCCGGAGAACAGCGAGAUCGUUUGGUCCAUCAAAUCUUUCCCGGGAGGGAAGGAGUACCUGAUGAGGGCUCAUUUCGGGCUGCCCAGCGUUGAGGCGGAGGACAAGGAGGGAAAGCCACCAAUCAGUGUCAAGUUUGAGAUUCCUUAUUUCACCACCUCUGGAAUACAGGUGCGUUACCUGAAGAUCAUCGAGAAGAGCGGCUAUCAGGCCCUGCCCUGGGUGCGAUACAUCACCCAGAACGGAGACUAUCAGCUGCGGACUCAGUGAACAUGAAGAAUUAGCCUGGAGGAUCAUGGUAAACCGGAAUCAAGUUCCUUUACACUUGAUGAAAACGCAGCGCAGUCCUCGUCCAAGGGUAUCACGUCACAUUUCAACGGAGGAAGUGUUCAUACGCGUCACAUUUCAGAUGUUUUCAUACUGUAAACACGUCAUGUUUGUGGUUAUUUAUCAGAUGAAUUCAACAAUGUCGUGAGGUCACAGCGAAAGUAUGUUGCAUAUUACAGUGUUUGUUACAUUUCAAUCAAAAGUCAAAAGAUCUUAUGAUAUUUUGAAGCGUUUGUAUUUCUAGGUCAUCAUUUUGUUCAGGGACGUCCUCAGAUAUUGUUUAUUAAUAUUCAGUAUUUUUAGUUUUUUAUGUCAUUCCUGCACACUGACUCAUUCGUUUGUAUUUUAUUUUCGAGUUUAUUUAUAGUCUGUCCAGUGAUUGAGUAUUUUGGGCUGCUCUGGGAUCUGUUCACAGUCCCUCAUGAGUUUACACCACUGACUCGAGUGAAACCGUUCAACACACAACUGAAAACUAAAGUCAACCGUGGUGCCAAUUUAAAAAAAAGAGGAGAUUAAAUCAUAAUUGUUAGUUUUUUGUAUUAGUUUGUCGAUUUGUCUCAUUUCAAUUGCCUUCAAAGGACAGAAUGUGAAGGUUACCAUGUUUACUAUGGUACAGCAUGCAGUGGAGCUGAAAUGUGACGUAAUUGCAUUCCUCUUGAAAUGUUCCUGUAUCUCACUUAAUUCAUCUCUUUGUGCACGUCAGACAUCAAUAAAGUACCCGUUUAGAAAAUA